AUGGAUGCAGCCGUAGCGAAUAUCCAGUACAAAUGCUUUCAGGACUAUCUGAACUGGAUCGAACAUGUAGGCGGCCUGGAUAACUUUACCCAAGGAUACAAGGAAUUCGGCAUACAUGUUCACCCCGACGGCACCAUUUAUUGCAAGGAAUGGGCUCCAGGUGCAAAAGAGUUGUACCUCCGUGGAGAUUUCAAUGACUGGAAGGAAUUCACGCAUCCAUUCAAAAACAUUGGUUUUGGUAAGUGGGAAUUAACCAUACCGCCCACGUUCGGAGCGCCCGCUAUUCCACACCUCUCAAUAGUGAAGCUUUUGGUUGUAGCCCAAGAUGGUCGGCGCCUUGAUCGUCUCAGUCCUUGGGCACCGUACGUAGUUUGUCUGAACGAGAAUAAGAUCUACGAUCAGGUUAUGUACAACCCAAAAGAGAGGUACGAACUGAAACAUCCACAUCCACCCCGCCCGAAAAGUCUACGAAUCUAUGAGUGCCAUGUGGGAAUUUCUUCACAGGAGCCUAAGGUUGCCUCGUACACGCACUUCAAAGACAACAUACUUCCCCGGAUAAAGAAUCUAGGCUACAACGCUCUACAACUGAUGGCUAUAAUGGAGCAUGCUUACUACGCCUCGUUUGGUUAUCAAGUGACCAGCUUUUUCGCUGCAUCCAGCCGCUACGGCACGCCAGAUGAACUUCGCGCUAUGGUCGAUGAGGCACAUCGUCUGGGUUUGGUAGUUCUGCUGGACGUUGUGCAUAGUCAUGCGUCAAAGAACACGGUUGAUGGACUGAACCAAUUCGAUGGCACGGAUGCCUGUUACUUCCAUGACCGCGGACGGGGUGUACACGAGUUGUGGGAUUCCAGGCUGUUCAAUUACACUGAACUGGAGGUUCUGCGAUUUUUGCUGUCCAAUUUACGCUGGUGGAUCGACGAAUAUGGGUUCGAUGGUUUCCGUUUUGACGGGGUAAUGUCCAUGCUAUACCAUCAUCACGGAUUGAUGACCUCGUUCUCUGGCCACUACGGUGAAUAUUUCGGUCUGUCGGUCGACACGGAGUCGUUGACGUACCUGAUGAUUGCCAACUACUUUCUGCACAAACAGUAUCCGUUCAUUAUAACGAUAGCGGAGGAAGUCAGCGGCAUGCCUACCUUAUGCCGUCCAGUCUCCGAGGGUGGCGGUGGCUUUGACUACCGUUUAGCAAUGGCUAUUCCGGAUAAGUGGAUUGAGCUUUUGAAAAAGGUUCGUGAUGAAGACUGGAGUAUGGGAAGUAUCGUUCACGCAUUGACCAAUCGCCGGCAUGGUGAGGCCAAUAUUGCUUACGCUGAAUGCCAUGAUCAAGCGCUUGUUGGUGAUAAAACCAUUUCUUUCUGGUUGAUGGAUAAAGAAAUGUACUGGAAUAUGAGCACAACAAGUCCCCCGAAUCUUGUCAUUGACCGUGGCAUUGCACUGCACAAGAUGAUCCGAUUUCUCACCCACACAUUGGGUGGUGAAGGCUACUUGAAUUUCAUGGGUAAUGAAUUUGGCCACCCCGAAUGGCUUGACUUCCCACGUGCCGGUAAUAACAGCUCAUAUCACUAUGCGCGUCGUCAGUGGAACCUUGUGGAUGACCCUCUGCUGAAAUACAAAUUCCUGAACAACUGGGAUCGCGCGAUUCAACAUCUUGAAGAACGAUAUGGUUGGCUAUCUUCACCGCAGGCCUAUGUGAGCCGUAAACAUGAAGGUGAUAAGAUCAUUGCGUUUGAACGCGCCGGUGUGCUGUUUGCAUUCAAUUUCCAUCCUACGCAAAGCUUCACAGGCUAUCGGAUUGGUGUGGAAACGCCAGGCCGGUACCAUAAUGUGCUCGAUUCCGAUCGUGAGGAAUUCGGGGGAUUCAACCGUCUGGAUCCGGCGACGGAAUAUUUUACCUGUAGCGAGCCUUGGGAUGGUCGAAAAAAUAGUAUCUAUUUGUACCUACCCAGCCGUACAUGUAUGGCUUUGGUUUGGGAGUAAUGAUGAGAUCGAAUACUUAGUAGUUUCUCAUUGUCUCCACUUCCACUAACGAACUGUCAUUGAAACCAUUGGUUUUCCGACAGUAGGGAACAUCUCUGAUUUUGCUGCAAACUAUCUUCGACCCGACUCAAGCGGGUUUGUGACACCAACUCGCUUCCGGUCGGUUAUUUCUUCUAGUCUUUUGAUUGCAAUGCAUAUUUUUGUCAUUUAUUUUCAAAAAUAUAUUUGGCAAUAUAUUUCUUUAUUUUCCAUCAAAU